AUGGAAGCCAAUCGAAGUCGUCUGCUGACCACAGCACGUCCUUAUCUUCAGGUUUUCUCCCUCUUCGGUCUCACACCUCCGCCUGUGUUCUUCGACAGGACAUUGCACAGGGAACUGAGGCGUUACCUAAUGACAGGAUAUGUCUGCUUUGCUCUUGCCAUCCUUCUAUUGACCAUCUAUGAGUGCUAUGCCAACAUUAUAGCCCUGCAGCUUCAUAUUAAGAAGUUUCACGCCGAGGACUUCAGCCAAUUGAUGGGAAAAACGGCAAAGAUUAUUGUGGUAGUGAUGGCUGUGAGUAACCAACUUAACAUGCUGCUUAACUUUCGACGCCUAAAGGAAAUCUACGAGGAUAUCGCAGACCUAGAGGCGGAGAUAGAGGAUAAUUCCAGGUGCUUUGGUGGAAGACGACGAUGGUGGAGCUUCCGUUGCCGCUUGGCCUUCUGCAUUGGACUGUGGACAGUGCUACUUGUGGACCUGGCUCCUCGCUUAAUACUUGUGGGCCUGGGAUCCUUUCUCUACUGGGCCAACAAAUUUCUCACCGAGAUCAUACUGUUGAUGCUGCAACUUAAAGGACCGGAAUAUUGCCUCUUCGUGCUUCUCAGCUAUGAGUUGAUCCUUCGAGUGCGUCAUAUCCUCCAGCAGAUCCAGUUGGAACUCGAGGAUUGUAGUUGCAGUGACAGAAUUCAAGAGCUAUGUGCUAUCUUGAAGCGAAAUCAGUUGCUGAUUGGACGAGUCUGGAGAUUGGUGGGUGAGAUUAGCAAAUAUUUCACCGUAUCCAUGACGCUGCUGUUCCUCUACAAUGGACUCACCAUUCUGCACAUAGUCAACUGGGCCAUCAUAAAAUCCAUCACUCCAAUCGACUCUCAUCAAUAUAUGCGAGUUGGGGCCAGUAUUUUACUAUCAAUAAAUCUACUGCUGGCCUGCUUUUACAGUGAAUGCUGCAUUAGAGCUUACAAUAGCAUUCCAAAAAUUCUGCAUAAAAUAGGUGGUCAACCUGGGGCUAACGAAUUUGCAAUGCUUAAAAUGGGACUAAGGGAAUACUAUCUGCAAAUGCAACAUCUGAAGCUUCUUUUCACCUGCGGCGGAUUCUUUGACAUUAAUCUCAAAUACUUUGGAGGGAUGGUGGUUACUAUAAUUGGUUACAUAAUUAUUUUAGUUCAAUUUAAAAUUCAGGUUUUUGCGGAAUUAAAAUAUAACCAAAAUGUUGGAGAAAUUUAA